AUGCUACCAGAGAGGUCCCUGCCGAGGAGGCCGCAGGACCAGCAAGCGGUGGUGGCCAGGGCCCCAGUGCACGAGCUCUUGUCACAUCCCGGGCUCAGUGCCCAGGCCCAGAGGACGGUGCGGGUGCGGGCGGCGCGUCCAGCUCCGGGGCCGGCGGGAGGGAGCCGCUCUCAGGGAGGGGGACACGCCCAGAGGGGAAGCCAGGGUACCGGCGGCCUGGCGCUGCCGCCCCGGGAGGUGCACCUGCCGCGCAGGGCGGGGUGCCGGGAGGAGGACGGCCGUGGACUGACGGGCCCGGGGCGGCCACGGCAGGAGGGCGGCCGGGCGGGGGGCUGCCGCGAGCCCCCGGAGCAACCGAGCGCGCGCGGCGGGGCGCAGCGGCACUCACCGACCCUCGGCGCCAGGGCGGCGGUGGCCGGCGCGCUGCCCUCUCGCGGGGUCCCCGGCCUCGGGCCCGGCUGCGCUCGGCCUCGCGGCGGCGGCGGCGGCAACGACCGCCGAGCCUGCGCGCCGGCGCGCGGCCGGCAGGAGGCGCCGGGCCCCCGGCCGCGCGAGGGCGGGAGCGGGCCGCGCGUCGUGGCGAGCACCUGCGCUUCCCAGCGGCCGUCGCCGUCGCUCCCCGAACCUCGACCUUCCCCGGCCGUUCAGACAUUUCCCCCGGCAUUGUUCAUCUUUGGUCGCGGAGGGAGCGCGAUUGGCCGCCUCGGGCCUGGCUCGGACUGGCGGGCGGGGAGGCCCUGGGGGCGCUGGAGAGAGCGCGAGGAACCUUCUAGAAAACGGCCUCAGGGUGGGUUGGAAGGCCCAGCAUCCUGCGCUGUGUCCAGGCGUCGUGGGGCAGAGUGGAGCUGGACCGGGAGGCCUGGGGGUGCUGGUGCUGAUCCCUCCUCUUCAGGUGGAAAAGUGACAAUGGUCAGGAAUUUAAAACUUCUUCUCUGGAAGAAUUUCAUCUUGAAGAAGCGGAAGACUCUGGUAACAGUGCUUGAAAUCCUGAUGCCGCUACUCUUCUCCACUAUCAUCAUGUAUCUGCGUCUUAACAGUCUCCCCAAGCAAAUGCCUCCUGUCACCUACCUGGCCAUCGACAUCAGCAUACUGCCAGACUUCUUCUAUUUUCCCAUUCACACCAGAUACCAACUGGUUUAUGUCUCUUCCAAAAGCGCAACGUUGAAGGCUAUCACUGAAGCGGUAGGGAAAUCCUUUGACGUUGAGUUUGAAGUCCUCGGCUAUUCUUCAGUGGCUUUGUUUGAAAAUUACAUACUCGAGGAUUCCAAAGCCUUCUUUGUGUUGGCUGGACUUGUCUUCGAUCACGCCUUCAAUGACAGCAAGCAACCCCUGCCGCUGAAGGUUAAGUACCACCUGCGCUUCAGCUACACCCAUAGGAACUUCUUAGUCGCGAAGCUGACGUCACGUGAUACCCUGCAUGGCUGGGGCACUUCCUUCCUGUACCCUCCCAACCCAAGCCAAGAGCCCCGGGCCUUUGGGCAUUCCGACGGUGGACCCCCUGGAUACAGCAGCGAAGGCUUCCUAGCCAUCCAGCACGCGCUGGACAAAGCCAUCAUGCAGCACCAUGCCCACAAUGCGACAACCGAGAUGUUUAAGGGCCUCAGCGUGCUUGUGAAGAGGUUUCCCCACAGAGCCCACAUCCAGGACCGGUUCUUGGUGAUCCUUCAGAACGAGUUCCCGCUUCUGCUCAUGCUCAGCUUCAUCUGCAUCGAGCUCGUCAUCAUCAAUUCCAUUGCCCUGGAGAAGGAGAAAAAACUGAAGGAGUAUAUGUGCAUGAUUGGAAUGGACAACUGGCAACACUGGGCUGCCUGGUUCAUCAUGUUCUUCGUCUCGGCCCUCGUCGCUGUUUCUUUCAUGACUGUCCUGUUCUGCACACAGGUGAACAGCGUGGCCGUGUUCAGGAACAGCGACCCUAGCUUGAUCUUUGUUUUUCUACUGUGUUUUGCCACUGCCACAAUUUUCUUUGCGUUCAUGAUCAGCACAUUCUUCCAAAAAGCCCACACAGCGACUGCCGCGGGAGGCAUCAUCUUCUUCCUCACCUACCUCCCGUACCUGUACCUCACUGUCACCUACUCCCAGAGGACCCACUUCCAAAAGAUUGCCUUCUGUCUGCUCUCCAACGUCGCCAUGGCACUGGGAGUGCGAUUCAUCUCCAUAUUUGAGAUAAGAGGCACAGGCAUGCGCUGGAAGAACGCGGGCGGCUUGAGCGGGGAGUUUAACUUCUGUCAGGUGCUGCUGCUGCUGCUGCUGGACUCCGUCUUGUACAGCACGGUGGCCUGGUACGUGGAGGCCGUCCUCCCGGGCGAGCACGGCGUGCCCAGGCCCUGGUACUUCUUCCUCAUGCCCGUGCCCCUCACGCGGCCAGCGCUGGACAUGGGGGAUCAGGACAGAUCUCCGAACAGCAAGUUCAUUCAGGAAGAGCCUACGAAUUUGAAGAAAGGGAUCGAAAUCCAACAUCUCUACAAGGUGUAUCACACGGGAAAGAAUACACAUGUGGCAGUCAAGGACCUGACCAUGAAUCUGUACCAGGGGCAGAUCACUGUUCUCCUGGGACACAACGGAGCCGGCAAAACCACCACAUGCUUCAUGCUCACAGGUCUUAUUCCCCCUUCAAGUGGGUGGGUGUAUAUCAACGGAUAUGAAAUUUCACGCAAUAUGGUGGAGAUCCGGAAGAGCAUGGGCUGGUGCCCCCAACACGACAUCUUGUUCGAUGACCUCACCGUGGCGGAGCAUCUUUCUUUCUAUGCUCAGCUGAAGGGCCUGUCCCGCCACAAGUGCCCCGAGGAGGUGCAGCGGACGCUGCGCGCCCUCAGCCUGGAGGACAAGCGGGACUCCCUGAGCAGGUGCCUGAGCGGGGGCACGAGGCGCAAGCUGUCCAUCGGCAUCGCCCUCAUCGCGGGCUCCAAGGUGCUGAUGCUGGACGAGCCCACCUCGGGCAUGGACGCCGUCUCCAGGAGGGCCAUCUGGGACCUGCUGCAGCAGCACAAGAGCGGCCGCACGGUGCUGCUCACCACGCACUUCAUGGACGAGGCCGACCUGCUGGGGGACCGCGUGGCCAUCAUGGCCAAGGGGGAGCUCCAGUGCUGCGGGUCCCCGCUGUUCCUGAAGCAGAAGUACGGUGCAGGAUAUUAUAUGACUGUGGUGAAGAAACCUCACUGUAGCACAGAGAAGAUUUCCAAUCUGAUUUAUCACCACAUGCCCAAUGCGAUCUUGCAGUCCAACAUUGGAGAAGAAUUAACGUUUAUUCUUCCUAAAAAGAGCAUGCCCAGGGUGAACAAGUUGGCAGAUUCCAGCACAGAAAUCCAAGCCCUCAAGAUCCCCUCCAUCCAGUCUCACCAUCUGAUCGGCAGGGUUCCCGUCAACCGGAUCAAACGUACUCACUCAAGGAUCUUCUCCGUACGGUCGGGCCUGCCAGUCCAUCCCAACACUGGGCUCAGCCUUCUCUGCCAACAGUUCUAUGCCAUGCUCCUGAAAAGGGUCCUGUACUCUUGGCGCAACUGGCUGCUGAUGCUAACGGUACAGGUCCUGGUGCCUCUGCUGCUCACCAGUUUAAGCCUCACUCUCCUCGACUUGGACGAGAGCGUGGGCAACGUGCCGCUGGAACUGAGCCUAAAGACGUACGGCCAAACCAUCGUCCCAUUCUACAUUUCUCCCAAUUCCAGGCUGGGUCCUCAGCUUUCACAGUAUUUUUCAGACAUGCUCGUGGCUGAGGAACAGAUACCUCUGGAGACCCUGAGUAAGCCUGGGGCCCAGGAGAGCAGCGCCUGCUGCGGGGGCUGUGGGGGGUGCACCCUGAAGUCAGACUCGGUAGAGGACCUCCUCCUGGAAAAGGCAGAGGAGGAGCCCGAGGGCUUUGAUUUCAAGUACGUCGUGGCUGCUUCCUUUGAGGACGAGGGGAACCACACGACGGUGACUGCGCUGUUCAACAACCAGGCAUACCACUCCCCUGCCGUGGCGCUGGCGCUGGUGGACAACCUCCUCUUCAAGCUGCUCUCUGGGGCCGCGGCUUCCAUCACGGCUUCCAACCACCCUCAACCCCGGUCGGCCCUGGAGGCCUCGGAGGAUGUCCUGUACUACAGCCUUAAAGGACACUACCUUGUUAUCAACUUGCUCUUCGGAAUAGCUUUCCUGUCCAGCUCCUUUUCCAUCUUGACAGUCAAGGAGAGAUCCACGAAGGCCAAGGACAUCCAGUUCAUCAGUGGCGUUUAUGCGGCUACUUUCUGGCUCUCCGCUUUGCUGUGGGACCUCAUCACCUCCCUGGUUCCCAGUCUGCUGCUGCUGGCACUGUUUGUGUACCACAAGGAGGAAGCGUUCACACACCGUGGAAACGUCCCGGCCGUCAUCCUGGUGCUACUGCUCUACGGCUGGGCAAGCAUCCCCUUCGUCUACCUGACCAGCUUCUGCUUCCACAGUGAAGGGAGCGCUUUUGUCAAGCUCCUCGUCAUGCUCACCUUCCUGAGCAUCGGCCCCCUCGUUCUCAUCUUAGUCACAAAGGAGAAAGACCAAGGCUACACCACGGCCUCAGAGUCCUUGGAUCAAGCCUUCCUACUGCUCCCUGGCCACUGCCUGGGAAUGGCUUUCUUCAACUUAUACUACAGCUACGGACUCCAGAAGUUAUGCAAAAUCAAGAACCUGAGCCCACUUCAGUGUAAUAAAGCUUCAGAGGAAUACACUGUCCAGGAGAGCAUCUACGCCUGGGAGUCCCCCGGGAUAGGGAAGUACAUGGCGGCCCUCGCCAUCUCGGGGUCCGCAUACGUCAUCCUGCUUCUCCUCAUCGAAACCAGUGUCUUGUGGAAACUGAAAGCCAGGUUUUCUGACCUCAAGGGGAAGCAAGAAUUGGGAGAGCAGGUAGCGAUGUGGGUGCCAGGGGACCAAGAUGUGGAGGAGGAGGCAAAAACGGUCCAGACUGGCUUAGAAAAGCUGCGUGAGGAAAACCCACUGGUUCUUAAAGACGUGUCAAAGGUCUAUGCCAGUAAGGUGCCCGUGCUGGCCGUGAACAAGGUGUCCUUCGCCGUCCGAGCAAAGGAGUGCUUUGGCCUUCUUGGUGUCAACGGAGCUGGGAAAACGUCAGUCUUCAAAAUGCUGACCGGGGAAGAGCCCAUCACCUCUGGGAACGCCUUUAUCAGGGGCUUCAACAUCAGCUCGCACCUCGGGAAGGUGCGGCAGCAGAUCGGCUACUGCCCCCAGUUCGACGCCCUGCUGGACCACAUGACGGGCUGGGAGAUGCUGGUCAUGUAUGCCCGGCUCCGGGGCAUCCCCGAGCGCCACAUCAGCGCCUGCGUGGAACAAAUUCUUGAGGAGUUACUGAUGUAUGCCUACACUGACAAACUGGUGAAGACCUACAGCGGUGGCAACAAGCGGAAGCUGAGCACUGGCAUUGCCCUGCUUGGAGAGCCUUCCGUCAUCUUCCUGGACGAGCCGUCCACUGGCAUGGACCCCGUGGCCCGGCGCCUGCUCUGGGACACCGUGGCACGGGCCCGCGAGUCUGGCAAGGCCAUUGUUCUCACCACCCACAGCAUGGAAGAAUGUGAGGCCUUGUGCACCCGGCUGGCCAUCAUGGUGCAGGGCCAGCUCAAGUGCCUGGGCAGCCCGCAGCACCUCAAGAGCAAGUUUGGCAGCGGCUACUCCCUGCGGGCCAAGGUCCGGAGCGAGGGGCGGCAGGAGGCGCUGGAGGAGUUCAAGGCGUUCGUGAACCUGACCUUCCCAGGCAGCGUCCUGGAGGAUGAGCACCAAGGGAUGGUCCAUUACCACCUGCCCGGGGGUGGCCUCAGCUGGGCCGAGGUGUUUGACUUUCUGGAGCAAGCCAAGAAGAGGUUCAUGCUGGACGACUAUUCUGUCAGCCAAGUCUCCCUGGAGGACGUUUUCCUGAGCUUCACCUGCCCUAUGCCCCCUACCCAAGAGGAAGAGAAACGAGAACAAGCAGAGCCAGCUCCACCCCCCUCCCAGCCUCCCUCCCCACUUCCCUCAGAAUCCGUCUUGCUGUAAUAAAGAGUC